ACUCGCCCUCGAUCUUCUGCGUCAUGUUCCCUGCUGUCUUUUGCGCUACCUGGGCGACCUCGAUUGAGCGUGCGCCGUUGCGCGGCGCGGCUGACGGCUGGACAUUGUGCGCAGCAACUCCCAACCCGCCGACUGAAAUCAACUUGACACUCAGCGCAGACUGGGUGGCCCCAUCGUCAGCAACAACAAUCACCGUGCCAACUAUAAAGGAACAGCGACCAUCCACCGCACUCUGUGGGCUCGGUGGCUGUGCCACAACACGGUUGCCUAAUCCGCUUGUGUUCGCCAUGCAGGUUGGUAACCAUCGAACUCUAUUCACAAAAAAAACCAGCAACUACUUUUUGGUACAGCUUCCGAGCCCCCAGUGUUGCCUUGCUACCUGUAUCGAGUGCUUUCAUGUUGUUCGGUCCCUAUUACUCAUGUGCGGUGACAUUGAGAGCAACCCCGGCCCCGACAAGCUAGACGUAAUCCUUGGCGAACUAAAAAAGAUGUCUACUGGCCAGACAGAAUUGGUUAAGGAAGUGCAGGAACUUAAGGGCCAACUGCUCUCAAUGGACCAGAAAAUGAGUCAUCUAACUACGCGUCUCAGCGCCUUAGAAGCUCACUGCGAAAGUCUUACUACAGUCCGCAAUGAUCUGGAGGGGCUUCAGGCCACUUCGGCUGCAACGUCUCGUUUGGUUGGUGUGCUGGAAGCUCGUCUAGAUGACGCAGAGAAUCGCUCUCGGCGCAAUAACCUACUUUUCUAUGGUUUACCCGAUACCAACCCCACUGAAACGUAUUCGCUAACAGAAGACUUGAUCAUUCGCCAUUGCUCUGACCACCUGGACACCCAGUUGAGCCCUAGCGACAUUGAACGCGCCCAUCGCCUCGGACGACACUCUAAGGACAGGAAACGCCCAAUUAUCGUUAAGUUUACAUCAUUUAAAACUAAAGAAUCAAUUCUUUCUAAAGGCUCAAAAUUCAAAGGCACAGACUACAGCGUAGGUGAAGACUUCUCGCGCCGCGUUCAAAACUGCCGGAAACAUCUUGUCACUUUUGCCAGGGCGAAAUCAGUGCCUUUUUCCCUGAGAUUUAAAACUUUGCAUAUUGGCCCCAAACGUUACGUUUUUGAUGAACUUUCAGAAUGUGUAAAAGAAAUAUCUUAA